AUGUCGAAGCCUUUAGUUCUCUACACUGCACCUACUCCCAAUGGCCACAAAGUGUCGAUCAUGCUCGAAGAGCUCAAAGCAGCAUACGGGAACCUUGAUUACGAUGUCCAGAAUAUCAACUUGUCUACGAACGCCCAGAAAGAGCCUUGGUUCAUUGCGAUGAACCCAAACGGACGUAUCCCUGUGCUCGUUGACCGCUCCCAUCCCACUGCCGCCCAACCGAAUGGCUUCCCCGUCUUCGAGACCGCAGCAAUCUUGUUGUACCUCGUACAGAAGUACGAUAAGGAAGGGAAGUUCAAAUUUGAGAGCGGCAGCGAUGAGGAGAGUCAGAUGUUGCAAUGGAUCUUCUUUGCACAUGGAGGAGUCGGCCCUAUGCAAGGUCAAUCACACCACUUCCGACACUAUGCCCCUGAGGACGUGCCUUAUGGGAAGAAGCGCUAUUUGGAUGAAGUUACCCGUCUUUAUGGUGUACUCGAUAUCGGUCUCCAGGGCCGUGAGUAUCUUGUGGGUCCCGGGGCUGGGAAGCUGAGCGUUGCGGACCUGAAUGUCAUGCCAUGGGUGAGGUUGUACAAGCAUGCAGGUGUCGAAACGCUGGAUGCUUUCCCGAACCUGAAGGCUUGGCUCGACCGGCUUCUGGAUAGAGAACCUGUGAAAGCUGGAUUGGCUGUCCCAUAG